CGCCAAGAGGAAGCCUCUCCUGGACCUCUGCAAAACCCGCUGGGCAGAGCGUCACGGUGCGUUUCAGCAUUUUUACCAGGCGUAUGUCUUCCUGGUAGAAACACUGGGAGAUGAUCGCGUACAGUCGCCACCUCGACAAGUACGGGGAGAGGUUCGCAGACUGGGACACCGGGAACAAAAGUGCUGCUCAUCAAAUCCUCAAAAGCAUCACGUCCUUCGAUUUUAUCGUGGUGUUUCUGAUUGUGUACCACUACCUCUCACACCUAGCGGGCAUCACGGUCAAGCUACAGGGACGGGCAGUCGACGUCGUUGAAGCCCAUGAGAUGGUGGCAGAAAUCCAAGACAUCUACAGGAGCGAGCGGGAAGGUGUAGAGAAGGGAUUCGAUCACAUCUAUCAGCACAGUGUACGGAUGGCCGAAAAGGUUGGCAGUGCGGCGGAGAUGCCCCGCAUCGCCUCUCGCCAACAGCACCGGGCGAAUGCCCAGGCAGCAACCCCCCAGCAAUACUACCAGCGAAACACGGUCAUCCCUUUCCUCGACCACAUAAUCACAUCACUGAAUGAUCGGUUUGCCGCCUCUGCGAAGAUCGCCACAUCACUGAUCGGACUUGUCCCGUCAAUCUUGUGCACCAGAGACGUCUGUCUGGAGGACGCAGUUGGCCAGUACGAGGACGAUUUGCCAUCACCCGAGCUGUUCCCGAUGGAACUCUAUCGGUGGAAGAACCACUUUCUGUCCGACCCGCCAGAGUCGCGACCAGCGUCUCCCGCAGAGGCAAUCAAGCGCUGCGACAACACCAUGUUCCCCAACAUCAGCGUUCUACUGAAGAUCGCGUGCACGCUUCCCGUAACAUCGUGUGAAUGUGAGCGGAGCGCUAGUGCCUUACGGAGGCUGAACAACUACAUGCGAGCCUCAAUGGGGAAGCAGCGGCUGAGCAACCUGGCUCUCAUGCACAUCCAUUAUGACAAGGACAUAAAUCUGGACAGAGUAGUCGAUUGCUUCGCGCAACUGCACCCCCGCAGAUUAGAACUGGACAGCCUCCUGAAAUAGAGUAGUCCCACUCAUUGAACACUACAACACUAUAUGCUAUAAUUGAACAUCCGAACUUUGAUUUAGAAUUCAUCAGUUUUCACUUCAGUAUGUAAUGUGACAACACUAUGAUUGUAUUUCAUCGAACCUUCAUUUUAAUCAGCCGAGUUACUUUUUAACCUUAUGUAAAGGUAGUUUUAUUUUUUCUAUGUAACGUUAUGUGUGUGUUUUUCUUGAUAUUUUUUCAUACUAGUAGAUACUAGUGUCACUAGACUAAGGUCUGUAUGUGACAACAUUACGAUUGUAUUUUUAUCGAACCUUCAUUUUAACUAGCCGAGUUAUUUUCUAACCUCAUGUAAAGGUAGUUUCAAUUUUCUAUGUAACGUUACGUGCGUGUUUUUCCUGUUAUUUUACUAUAGAUGGAGUCACUGGACUCACUACUAGUCUAUUGCGUAAUCACUUGUAUGACGUAAUCCCAAGACCUACCGUCGCUGUGCAUGUCGGGAUCGCCUGCCACAUGGUCCGCCAUCUUGGAAUAUUGUUGCGCCGAGUUUUUGUUUACUUACCUUGUCCAAAAUCGUAUGUCUUUACGUAUGGCAAAAUGACUUAACGCCUUAUUUGAUGAUGGAAUUGUUCAAUGUAUCGAUUUUGAGGUUUCUUAACAGUGAGUAGCUAUGUGAUGAGUGCCGAUGUAACAGCCGAUGCCUUUUGUUGUGAUCUUCCAAGGAAGCCUUCUUGGUCGUAAGUUUUCCCGCAUCGAUUUUUUUUCUAAUAAACCGAGUUAUUUGUUAGGUUUGAAAA